UUCACGUACACGAGAAUUGAAGACUUUUCACAUCUAAUAGCCAGCAAUAACCUCUGAAUUUAGGAAAAAAUGUUUUCCGCGCAAAAACACAUGUGAAGGAAAACAGCGAUUUCUCACUUUUUCCACCUUUGUUUUUACACACAAAUUUCCUCGAAUCGCAAAGAUUUAGGUGAUAAAAAAUGUCCUCUACCGACGACAUUCCACUGGCGGAUGAAGAUUCUCAAGUCAUCAUCAACGACGACGAGUCGCUGCCCAGGAACAUGGUGAAUGGGCGCUCUCUGGACUCACUGCCCAGCACCUUCAGCUCUAGUCCACCUCCGUCGCACAGCCUGGAGGAGCAAGACCUCUCUCCGGACGAGCACGAGGAGAAGGCGCGUCUCAUCACGCAAGUUCUGGAGCUGCAGAACACCCUCGAUGAUCUCUCCCAGCGCGUGGACAGCGUGAAGGAGGAGAACCUGAAGCUGCGAUCAGAGAACCAGGUGCUAGGCCAGUACAUUGAGAACCUAAUGUCUGCCUCGUCGGUGUUUCAAUCCACCACGCCCAGCGCCAAUCCCAAGAAGAAGUAGACGAAAUACUCCCGGACUAAUUUUCCUCAACACACCAAAGAGAUCGAUUUACUCAUUAUGCUUCUAAAGAAUCGCGCUCUCUGUCACGCCCUGCGAUAAUUAAGUUUUAUUACUGUACAAUUUACAAUAAUCACGCUUAAAUACAGAAGAUUAACACGAAAA